AUGUCUUCAAAUUCUACCUUACAAUCUGCUACAUUACAGCUCGAGGAAGACGUACUUGACCAGCUCUUAAUGAGCUACUUCACUGGAGCCGUCUCAAUCACAGCAACGUUCUAUGACUGGUUACUGAAUAUCCCCGCCGAGACUACAGGGACUUACUGGAGUGAAAUGCGUCUGGCACUGGUGCAUGAUUCCGAAGGUUCAACUCAUUUGGUUCAAAAAGCUGGGGCUAACAAGCUUUCUGUAUUUAGCUCCCAUUGUUCUGAUAACCCGCUUAGACUUGAAGCCAGUGAGAAAGCUAAUUUCUCUUCCGAUAUGGACCUCACCGACAAAUACAGUUUCGGGAUAUAG